AUGAGAACUAAAAGAAUGGCUGCCAUUUCCUUCGAUCCAAGAUUUAACCUCCAAGUUGGCAAAAACAAUCACCAACAUGGAGGAGUCGUUGAAGAGAUUGAAGGUCUCAUUAGAGUUUACAUAGACGGACACGUCGAAAGGCCUCCAAUUGUCCCCAUUGUCCCCUGCACCUUGCCAUUAGAUCAUAGUGUUACAGCAAAAGAUGUUGUAAUCGAUAAGGGCACUGGCUUAUGGGGACGCAUUUAUUUUCCAAGCUGUCAUGGCAAGCUUCCAUUGCUUGUUUAUUUUCAUGGAGGUGGGUUUUGUGUUGGCUCUGCUGCUUGGAGCUGUUACAACGAGUUUUUGUCCAAACUUGCUGCCACAGCAAAUUGCUUGAUUAUCUCCGUAAAUUACCGUUUAGCCCCUGAGAACCGUCUCCCUGCUGCAUACGAGGAUGGUUUCAACACUUUAACGUGGGUGAAAGAGCAGGCUCUAAGUGGCUCUAGCGAGCACAAAUGGUGGGCGAAGCAUUGCAGUCUCUCCAGCGUGUAUCUAGCCGGUGACAGUGCUGGGGCCAACAUAGCUUACAAUGUUGCCGCGUGGCUUGGGACAAGUGGGCUGUUGUGUCUCAAAGGUACCAUCUUGAUGCAACCUUUCUUUGGAGGAGAGGCACGAACAUGGUCCGAAAAGCACACCGCUCAACCGCAUAAUUCAGCGCUAACCUUAUCGGCUUCCGACACAUAUUGGCGCUUAUCACUACCUCCAGGCGCGAACCGGGACCAUCCAUGGUGCAACCCUCUCACAAAUGGCGCAGCCAGGUUGCGUGAUUUAAGGCUUCCAACCACAAUGGUAUGCAUAUCAGAGAUGGAUAUAUUGAAGGAUCGAAACUUGGAAUUUUGCACCGCUUUGACUAGCGCGGGGAAGAGGGUGGAAACAACGAUUUACAAAGGCGUAGGGCAUGCAUUUCAAAUUCUCCAUAACUCUCAUCUCUCUCAACCUCGAACCCAUGAGAUGAUAUCUCAAAUCAAGGCUUUCAUCAAUGAAUAACUAUUAGAAACAAGAGGAAAAUUAAUCUUUCCUCUCUAGAAAAAAAUUUAAACUCCCUAUGGCAGCAAAACCUUUCCGAAUCUCAGCCAUCAACCUUCCUUCAUUUAUCUUUUAGUUUUCACAGCUUUUUUAGCAGCUAGUUUAAAGCUAAGAGUCUUUUGGGUGUGUCCGUUGCACUCCCAAUUUCUCACUAGUACUGUUGGUAGCUUUCUGACUUGCUCCUUCUAUCUUGAAGAUCCUUUAUGGGACUGCAUAAUAGAUUGUUGCAAUGGAUAAUGUAAUUUUUUAGUCUUUGCUUUG